AUAAGCUAAAAUAUUAUCCGCCCAUGCCUUUCUUGCCUAUUGUCCCACUUCCUGGUAUCUGCCGGUAGCCCGCGGCGGCGUCUCGUUAAAAUUAAAGGUCAUGUGUUAUAAGACUCAUUUUUAGGACAUGUUAGUCCUUUGAGCUUUCCUCCUACUCCACAUAAUUAUAAUUCGGUACCUGAUUCCCUCAACCUCAAUACCUUUCAAUUUCUUUUUGCUGUGGAAUAUUUUUGUAAGCUCCAACUGGUGACAGUUAAAGCUUGACCUAGUAAAUCUAGUCCCAGAAGCAGUAUUGGAGCAUAUAAGUUGAAAUCAAGUGACUACAGCUCAACAUGCCGAAAGAUAGAAGGGUGAAUUCUUCGUCCUUCAACGGGGCAAGGGCAUCUCCUUAUGCUUGCAGCUCAAAGAAUUCUGACCUAGAGCUCAAGAGUUCCUUGCCACCAGUAGGGAAUGAAAGAGAAUGGGAAGAAGCUAGGUGCCCUAUAUGUAUGGAGCAUCCGCACAAUGCUGUCCUUCUACUUUGUUCAUCACGGGAAAAAGGUUGCCUUCCUUAUAUGUGUGACACAAGUUACCGUCAUUCAAAUUGUCUUGAUCAAUUUUGUAAACUAUCAUCUGGGACACACUCAGAAGAUCAACAAGAGGGAGGUACUAUAUCAGGGACAAUGUUCCACAGGGGAAGUCAUGGACAACCUUCGUCACGAACAACCUGGUCUACUGGGGGACAGCAACCAGAGCUUGUCUGCCCUCUUUGCCGGGGACAGAUUAAAGGAUGGAUUGUUGUAGAGGCAGCUCGUAAAUUCAUGAAUUCCAAACAGAGGAGUUGUUCUUCGGAGGCGUGCAAUUUCAAUGGCAAUUAUGGUGAACUAAGAAAGCAUGCCAGGCUUGAGCAUCCUUCUGACAGGCCAGCCGUGGCUGACCCUCAACGACAGUUUGAUUGGAGAAGGUUGGAGAUUCAAAGAGACUUUGGGGAUACUCUCAGUGCAUAUCAGAAUCCAUUUGGUGAUGACAUUCCUGAAGAUGACUUCUUAAGUGAUCUGCCUCUUGAUGGUGGUCUAUUUGACCUCCUAGACGGGUACUCUGAGGCUGAGGAUGGAUUAAGUGAAGACAGCAAUUUAUUAAUGGAUUUUGAAUUUGAGCUCUCCUUUACUUUCCUGAAUGACUUUCCCUUUUUGCCUUUGACAUUAGAUGAGUUUUCAGACUUUGAGGGUGGGAGGACUGCUAGUCGAUCGCAAACUAGUGCUAGAUCCGAAAACAGGAGAUCUAGGAGGUAAGCUUCAUCAGAUAAUCACGAGGAAAGACCAGAAACUGGAGGAGACACAAAUAGGUCAUCAAGGCUCAUGACAAGCUCCUUCAGGCGUUAAACCAGUGAAUUAAUGUUUUGGUUCUUCUAACUGUAGUGUGCAGCUUUUGCCUUUCAGGUUGAAGUUCUUUGGUUUUCGGGUAUCUCGUCAUCACUGGAUGUGGAGGAAUUUCCACGCCAUAAUUGCUGUUAUUUGUACUCUCAAAUGAACAUUGCCAUGCGUGCUCUUCAUUCUUUUCCCUUCUUACUUUGAUGCUUUUAGAACA